AUGUACAAGACCUGUGGAAUGAACUUCAAGGUAGUGGACAGCCCUUUGGGGAAAAUAGAGAUGUCUGGCUGUGAGAAGGGGCUGCACGGAAUAAAGCUGCUUGGACAGAAGACCCCGGAAGUCGAUCCUUCUGAAAUGCCAGCCUGCCCUGCAGUCCUUGGAAAUCCUGAAGGAGGUCCCGAGCCGCUGACCCAGUGUGCGGCCUGGCUGGAGGCCUACUUCCGGGACCCCGCGAGCAUCGACACCUUCCCAGUGCCUGCUUUCCACCACCCUGUGUUCCAGCAAGAUUCCUUCACCCGACAGGUGUUGUGGAAGCUGCUGAAGGCUGUGAAGGUCGGAGAAGUGGUUUCUUAUCAGCAGUUGGCAGCUCUGGCAGGCAAUCCCCGAGCAGCGCGGGCAGUGGGUGGAGCCAUGAGGAACAACCCUAUCCCCAUCCUCAUCCCGUGUCACCGUGUCAUCAGCAGUAGCGGCACCAUGGGCGGCUACUCCGGAGGGCUGACCGUGAAGCAGUGGCUGCUGGCCCACGAGGGUGGUCCCGUGGGGGCCAAGCUGGGGGGGAUGCAGCCAGAGCUAGGCACCAGAUGCCAGGAGAUGCUGGCCGACGUGGAGCAUGUGCAGCGGGGCUGA